AGCUCUCUAAAAAGAAGAUUCAUUUGAUUGAAAAGGGGAAAGCGAGAAAGCCAGAAAAUGAGGCUGGUUUUAUUUGGAUUGUUUGUUUUCGUCAUUGGAAUUGUUGCAGCAAGUAAUCCACAUGGUGCAGAUGUAGAUGACAAUGAGUUUGCUGAAUUUGAGGAGUUAGAUGAAGAUGAGGUUAUAUUUGAAGAUACAAAACAAGAUGAGGUUAAAGAACAGAGAGUUGAGAACAAAGUAGAUGAAACAGUUGCAGAGGAAGAUGAAGAUGAUGAUGCUACAGUGGAGACAGAAGAUGAUGAAUUUGAACAUUUCAAUGAUGAAGAAGAGUUUGUUGGCUUUGAUAAAGAACGUGAAUCAACAAAACCAAAGGAAAAGAUGCCAGAAUUAAAAAUAAACCAAGUUCCACAGCAUCUUAGAACAAACUGGGACAGUUUUGUAAUAGAAAUACUCAUGUUGGCUGGACUUGGUGUUUAUUUAUUAAACUUCCUUCAUGGGAAGAACACAAAUCACAAACUCGCUCAAGCUUGGUUGAAUUCACAUAGACAGAUACUAGAGGAACAAUUCAGUAUUGUUGGUGAUGAUGGCACAAGUAAAGAAGCUCAGUCAGGCACUUUUAUAAAAGAAUCUGAGAAUGUUUAUGCUUUAUGGUGUAGUGGUAGAUCCUGUGUGGAGGGAAUGUUGGUAGAGUUAAAAUUAAUCAAAAGACAAGAUCUCAUCAGUACGAUUGCAGGAUUUAUGAAACCAGUAUCGGAUCAAAUUAUGGUACAGGUAGAUAUGGAUCCCAAGGUGAUGGAUAAGUUUGUAUUUGCUGUUGCCACAAAACGUUCCUGUGCCAAAAUACACAAAGACAUGGUUGAUCUUAGCCAGUUUACUGAGAAGAAGAAUGGAGAGAAGUAUGAUCUUAGUAGUUCUUAUCAAAUAUUGAGUGAGAUAGGGGAGGCAACUGUCAGUGUACUUGAUAAAAAGGUGACUAGUGUUCUAAAUAAAUAUGAAGGUCUGGUGGAGUUCAUGCAUUUUUCUGAUCAAUACAGUGGACUAAAAGCUCAGGAUGAUAGCCAAACCUCAAAACUUCCAGAGGUCAAGCCAGUACUUACUUUCUGUUUCAAUGUGCCUGGUAAAGGAAAAUGUAAACCUGCAGACAUGGAAAAUAUGUUACCACUUCUUAAACUGGUUCUGUACUGUGUAGAUAAGGUCAGCCGACUUCAGUUGGGAAAGGAGGCUAGAGCAAAAGCAGACAAGAAACGUCAGAAGAUGCAAGAAGUUUUUGAGAAAGCAACCCACCAACAACGUCAGGAACAAGCUCAGCAAAGACGUGAAGAGAAGAGAAGAGUGGAGAAAGAAAGGUUAAUGGCUGAAGAAGAUCCUGACAAAGCUAGAAAAUUGGAGGAGAGAGAUAGUAGAAGAGAAGCUAAAAGGAAACAGCCAAAAAUGAAGAUGAUGAAAGUGAAGGCCAUGUAGAAAUGUCAUGUGACAUAUUGUUUGGCCUUGUAGAAAUGUCAGUGUGACAUACUGUAUGGCUAUGUAGAAAUAUCUCUGUGACAUAGCUUAUAGCUAUGAAGUAAUAUCAACAUGUCUUGAUGUAUAGCUUAUUUUGUUGUCCUAAUACACAUAGAUUUUUAUCCUGUUUCAUAUUGCUUUCUAUGGUUUUAUUUCUAAUCAGUGAAAAUUCAUUUCAUUGGCGCUACACAUUUUUGCAUUUUUUGACUGUUUUAUCAUAGACACAUAUGUUACAAAGAAACACUUUGAGACAGUAAUGAUUUGUAUUGGAUAAAGUGUUAUGAGUCAGCUGUUCCUUUUAUAUUCAGAACUGAUAAUAAGUGUCACAAUAAUAUAUGUAUGUCUUUUUGUAUAUAGUUUACAAUAAAUGUGAUCAGAGAUUUUAAAUAAAAAUAUUUUACAUGUGUUCA